AUGACGACCGAUGAGAACGCUAGAGUAGAAGAUUACAAGUAAGUUUGGGAUUUUUUUGGAUUUUCGACGUUUUUGAUGCAUAAACUUUGAAUUUCGAAGCUUUUCAUACUUAAAAUAUAAAUUUUUAACAAACUGAUAACUUUUUUUUUAUAUGUGGUAAAAAAUAACUGUAUGGGAUACUUUUUAUAUUGUUUUAAAAAAGUUUUUACGACGUUUUUCCUGUAUAUUUUAAAUUUGUUACCUAAAAUCUGUAUGUAAUUAUGACUAAUUACAGGAACUCAUUGAAGGAGUUAACGGGUAACCACAAGCUCAAGAUCAAUCUGUUGACGAUAUUGGCCGAGGAUUACGCAGAUGUCAGUCCAAGGAUUGUGGACUCCAUCAUCGAAUCUGCUUACCAGGUAAGGGUGUAUAUUGUCAUUGGUUUUUGUGUUUUAGGUACCAGCUUUGAUGUUGUAACUUCAUAUUAAUGCUAGCUAGUUUAUAAUAUAAGGUUUUAUAGCUAAUUUGACGUUAAAAUGGUAAUUUAGAGAGCAUUUAGCUCAAAGUUGAGCUUUUAUGCUAUUUUAGGUAACAAAUUGGAAAAUAAAUUAUUAUAGUCCUUUAAUCCUUGUGUAAAAGGAAGAUUUAAAGAAGAUUUAAACAUAAUUAACUUAAUAUUAUUUUUAGGCCCCAGGACCACUCAAACUGGUGCACUUGUACUUGAUCGACUCGAUUUCGAAGAACGUGACGGCCCAAGGCGGCUACGCCAUAAAAUUUUCGAACAAGAUCGCGGAUUUGUUCGUUCAUGUUUUUCUUCAGGUACUGAUAUCUGAAGUUUUGUUUGUUAUUUUUUAAUUUUUUUGAGAAAACAAAGUUUGGUCGGUUUAGGGCUGAGCCGGCGGACUAGCUAAAGCUAGUGCUGGCUCGGCUGUCUUAGGUAUUGGAUGGACGUAGAGCCACGAGGUUGGGAGAUCGUAGAGUGGGGCAACAGUUAAAAUGGGAGAAUUAAAAAGAAAAUGAUAAUCAUAUAUAAAACUCCCAAUAAAAGAGUCGAAAUGACCACUAAAAGAUGGAGUAUAUGAAUAAAAAAGAAUAAAAAGAACAUGAAAAGAGUAAUAUAAAGAAAAAAAGUAAUAUAACGAUAAUAAUCUUGUACCGUAAAAUGCCAAGACCUCUCUCUCCCAACUGACGACUGGUACCGUAGCGAGAACACGUGGAACGCGAAGAACAUUACAAUAUGUUAAUUUUGAUGAUUUUGGGGAUAUUGAUAUAAAAAAGUAAACAGAUAUACUGUCGGUUACUGUAACUUUUGUGUGUUUGUAUAUGGGUUGGAAUUGAAUUUGGAAAAAUUACAGUACUGAGUAUUGGAAAUAUUGUUGUAACGGGGUAGAUAUGAUGUGUUUUGUUAGCGGAUGAACAUUAAAAAUUGUAGUUUACAAAUUCUGAACUAACUAGGCCAUAUAAGACUUGACUAUAUUGGUUAAUAUACUCUGUUUUGUGAAGGACAUGCUAAGAACUUGUUAAGGUACUUGAUAUAGCUUAAGAAUGUCUCGUAAAGACUCUUCUUGUCAACUUGUAACUUCUAUUCUUCUUUUUUAUUGAAAGUUUGGUAAUAUUCUGUGAAAGGGAAAGUGAAAAUUUAAAUUUUAGGUAUGUAUUGUAGACUAAGGCCGGUAUGAAGCUGUUGCUGUCUAGAAUCCUGAUCUUUUUUGUCGGACAAAUAUUGAUAGGGACUGCCACGUGAACAAAUUGGGUUGAUCGAUUAAUUCUUUCAAAUUUUUAUGUGUUAGAAUGUCAAAAAUACGAAGGAAUUAACGGAUCAGCCUAAUAUUGGCGAAUAAUUUAAAAAUAUCGUUGCUACAGCAUUUUACUCUUUUUUCUCUCUAAAGCCGUGGACUAUUUUUUGUUUAGAUUGUGGAAAAGUAUUUAAAAUACGUUUUAAAAUUGUACGAGAACUUUUACAAAAACAUGGUUGAAAUAGAAUGGUGGCGGCUUGAUAAUUUUAUGGAAGCCUUGAUAAAAUGCCUGUUAGUUCCCUCCAAUCACCUAUAACAAGCUGGCCAAAUUUGUUUUCUCAAAAAACGAUUUAUUUUAGUGCUUAUUUGCUGAUUCAAAACGUUUGGCUAGUCUUCCGCAACAUACAAUGUUUUCAAACACGUUUUAUAAAAGAUUUUACUGUGUUGCGGAAGAUGAACCAACCAACGCGUUUGAAUAGUUUUUGAUAGUAAAUUGGGUCUCUUGAUCUCAUCCUUCCAUUUACAGGCCGAUGACAGAACCAGAGCUUCCAUGUACAAACUCAGAAACACUUGGGCCAACGUGUACCCUCGUGCCAAGUUGUAUGCGAUCGACCUGAAGAUUCACGAAAUCGACAGAAACUGGCCAGUCCUCUCAUUGACCAGUAAUGGAGCCAGAGCAGCUGCCCCAGCAGCACCACGCCCAGAACCAGCUCCAGCCACUCCACAGACGGCUGCCUCGAAUGUGCAUGUGAACCCUAGAUUCUAUUCGGGAAACCAGGCCAACCCUCCACUCCCAAAGGUUAAUUCAGCUUCAACCUCUCGCACUCCACUACCUCAAGUUCCCUCUGUUCCUUCAACGUCACGAGCUCCGUUGCCAAAACCUCACCUCAACGAUUCACAGUCUUCUGUAGCCUCGGCUACGUCGACGUCGUCAAACAAGAGUACAGAUUCUGUGUUGAAAGCCCCAGUCACAAUGGGAGCUGCUCUGAAAAAUCUGGGAAAGGUAGGGUUUUUGAUUUUAGGUAUUAAAUGAGCUUCAGCUUAAAGUAUUUGGACUAUAUUUAAAAGAUGAUGUGGUAUUUUAUGUUCUAAUUUAGAUUUGUUUUAAGCAAAAACAAUUAAAAUUGUUUUCUAAACGUAGAUAACGUCAAACAGGCGCAUUGUUUACUAGACAGACUCCAAAACGUGUUCAAAUUGUAGUUUAUAACAGAAAAUACAGUAUUUGGUGUAGUAACUGGUUAAUUUUCAGAAAAAGGAAGAAAAAGCAAAAACCACAGAUCCAAGACUUCGACCAGCCGAAGAGAAAACCAAUGGGGUGGUUAAACCCAAAAAGAUAUCAGAACUUGGCCCAAUCCCAAGGAAAAAAACUUCUGAAAUCAAGACGGAGAUUGUUGAAGAAGUUGAUAAGUAAGUUGUGUUUUGUUAAAAGUUAUUUUAUAUUUUAAAAACUUUGUCUUUGUUAUCUAAAUUGGUAUAAUUUUUGACGUUUUCAGAGUCGACAAAAUCCGCAAAAUCAAAAAAGAAGUGAGCAAACAGCGAAGAGAUGCUUCGGCUGACGCUACCAUCAAAAAGAAGAAGUUCACCAAAUCAGAUGCCAAAGCUUCCGCCACCUCGCCCACAGAAUCAUGGAAGAAGGACAAGAAGCAGGUCGAUAAAUUACCAGGCAACCGACACGCCGCUAACAAUCAUAUCAACCGCCCUCCGGCUUCAAACUCACCGGUUCUGCAACCAACCGCUGCUCCAGGCUCUCAUGCCUUCAAUCUACCCGCAAUGCAGCCACGAGGCCCACCAGUGGAUCCGAAUUUGCUUAAUCCGAUGAACAGAAUGCCACCUCGUCAUCCCCCUCCUCACGGCAACUACCCUCCCCCGCCCAACUUCGGGCCCAGACCAGGCCCACCUCCAUUCGGAGCUGGUCCACCACCAGCAUUCCCCUAUCCAGGACCACCAUCCUUCUUCAACACUCCAACUUCAUCAGCCAUGCCAAUGCCGAAUGUCAGUGCCCCACCCCCGAACUUCCCCCUACCUCAAAACCCGGCAAAUCUACCAGCACAUAUCAAGAAUGACACUCCCAGACUACCCAAUGUUCCAGGGAAUAAUAGAAUCUUUGUGGACGGGAAGGCAUACGAAGUCAUCUACCUGGAGAACGAAGCCGUCAUCGAACGGAACGGUGUCCCACAUCGUAUCUCCUUCUGUGGCCCUCCUCGAGAUGUCAUCAUUGACGGUGUAGCACAUCGUAUGGCGUUUGGAGAAACCAAAGAAGUCUCCAUCGAUGGUCACGUCCACAGACUGAGAUUCGGCGCUCCGUCAAGGGAGUUGUACAUGGGCGACUUCCCCUUCAAAGGCGCCUUCGGGGGACCUCCAAUCAUGGCCACGAUCAACGGCAAGAAGCACGAGAUCCGCCUCAUGGGUCCACCUCCAGAAGUCAAAAUCGACCAAGACCCAUGCUACGAACUCACCAGACACAUGCAGAACGCCAGGAGGAACGAUGGGGCCAGGGGGAACACUUCUGAAAUGAACAUCAAGGAACUCUUGUCCAAUCUCCAGAAGUCUGGUGUCCUGAAUCAGAUCAGUCAACCCAAAACCCCACCAGCCUUAUCUCCAGCUGUCGUGAAAAGGAAGAGUCCAUCGCCAGGCAUGGAGGAGCCCAUCAUUCCAACUAAAAUGAUAUUGGACAAGGCCGAGGAGUUGGAUGCUCCAGCUAUCUCAUUGGCUGAGUUCGGACUUGAACAGCUUCAAAUGUAAGUUUUACUUGCUUUAACAGACGGAUUUAUAUUGACUUAGGGUAAAAAAUUAAGAUCAUUGUAUGUAAAAUAGUAUUUAGCAUGAACUAAAGUACUUUUUUCAGGAGAUACAAGAGUGUGGCCAGAGACCUAUGCCAGAAGCGAUCAGCAUGUCCAGAUUGUGGUAUAGAAAUCGAAAGAAUGGAUUCAGCUGAAUACAGAAAGCAUCUCGAUGGCCAUUUACAGCUGGAGUUGCAUGCCAAACAAGACAGCGCUGCUCAUGUCAGGACACGACCAGUAUUCCAAACUGAAGAGGUAGGGAACUUAGGAAAAUUAUAUAUAAGAGGUGAUUGGGAGGUUUUUUAUACUGUAUAUAUAUAAAAAAAGUAGCUUUGAGGAAAGUAUAGUCCCUUUCAACAUUUUUGUCGAAGAACAACAAAGAUAAUUUUGGGCGCAACGUGCCAAAUAAUGUUUUGCAGACUGCGGUCGAGUUAUACCCAAAAUCAGAAGAGAAAACAUUUUUUUUUGUUUUCUGGUUAGUUUACGAAUAAAAUAUUGAAAAUCAUCUGUUUUAAUAAAUAUACGAACUUGUUUUAAACUAUUUUCUAUAUUCAGGACUUUAUUAACUACUCGGAAACGGACGAUGUUAACCAUCCUCGAGUUUCGGCCGAAGUGGUGGAGAAAAUGGACGUGGACACGAACGAAGAACAAGGUGGCGAUGUCCUGAGCAGUGAAACGGAGCAGAGAGAAUGUUCGGAAUGUUGCGAACCCUUCGAGGAGUACUUCGACCACGAUUCAGAUGAAUGGCGUCUCAAAGACUGUGUGCUUCUGAAUGACAAAGCGUUCCAUCGUGCCUGCCGAGCGUAG